UGUUUUGUUUUGUUAUUUGUUUGGCAAAAGCAUGCGGAAAAUCUGAUCUGAUUUGAUCUGAUCCUGAGCUAUUGCGCAAGUCGGCAUCAAGGUAUCGCUAUCUCAGUAUCGUCUUACAAUUCCGCUCGUGUGACACUUUUUCAUAGUUGACGACCAUUGCAAACUGGUUGCAGCGCGCGCUGCCCUAAAGCACCGUCGCGCCCGCUUGUAUUUCACCUGCGCCACCGCCACAGAACGCGGUCAUGUUCAUUUCAUGCAGCCGCUGACGCUGCCUCUCAGUAGAAACGACAUCACCACCAACAGAAACUUUGAAGAGCACGCUGCUCCAGGAUGUCGGACAUUUACUAUUGCAGCAAUAGCCAGAUCAAAAAAGCUCGCGAAGCGGACAAAAAUGCUGCCGGCGGUAAUCCAAUGGCAACAACAGUAACAAACACAUCAGGAACAACAACUACAGCGGCAGUUGACAAAAAGAACAACAACAACAACAACCACUGCAGCAGUAAUCGUAACAGCAGCAAAGACAAAAGCAAAGAGAUGCAGACAAAUGGCGGCAAAACCAAUUGGAAGGGUCUCGUCCAAAGCAAUCCCAAUGGCAAUGGCGUCUUGCCAACAGCAGCAGCAUCUCAGCCAGCCAAGGUUUUCCACAACACACGCUGCACGCGACACCACAAGCCCCAUCACACCCACAGCAAUGGCGGCGGCGUUGCAGUAGCAGCAACUGUGGCAUCCGUACCUGGAGCUGAUCAGCGAGAUGGGGAUCGGCACCAUCAGCACCAGGCACAGCAACAGCACCACCUGCACCACAUGCACAGCCACAGUCAUAACCAUGCCCAUCAUGGACUGCGUCGCAAGUCAGAGUCUGUGCUAUCCACCGACUCGGACAUACGCUUCACCCGCCGCAAGUUGGGUGAUAGCCAGAAGUGCGGAUGCGCUGUGAUAGCCGGCUUCCUUAUUGCCCUGCUGGUGGCCGGCGCCUUUGUCUAUAUAGGCUAUACAUACUUUCGGCCGGAGCCGCUGCCGGAUCGCGUGUUCCGUGGCAAGUUCAUGGUGCUUAACGAUAAAUGGAGCAUGGAGCUCGCCAAUCAAAACUCGCUCCGUUUCCAGCACAAGGCACGUGACUAUCGGGAGCGCAUCAAUCUAACGUUACGUCGCUCCGACUUACGUGAGGCCUACGAGGGCAGCGAGAUUCUGGCUUUAGAUGGCAGCGAGGACAACAACAACAUUAUCGUGCACUUCAACAUGAUAUUCGAUCCGUAUGCGGGUCUGGUCAGCAGCGGCGAGUUGCUGGCGCUUUUCCAUGAAGAGUUAAGCGAUGCACAAAGUCGGCAUUUUGCCAACAUGACCGUGGAUGUGUCAAGCGUGACCAUUAAGGAAACCACCGGCCAGAUCGAGGAGCCUAUCAUGUCCAGCUCACCGCUUGGUGGCCAUGAUGAGACCACCGAGCCGACCACCACAACACCACGUCCGCUGCCGCGCCGAUGCGAGCCACUGCAGCUGAACUAUUGUCGCAAUGUGGGCUACAAUGUGACCACCUAUCCGAAUAUGCUGGGUCACGCUACCUAUGAGCAGGUGGUCGAGGAUGUCAUUGUGUUCCGCGAGCUCGUCGACGGCGAGUGUUUCCGUGAGGCCUACGACUUUGUCUGCCGUCUACUGCAGCCACCCUGCGAGACGCACGGCAUCAGCCAGCAGCCGACGCCCGGCGCCAUCUGUCGCGAAUAUUGUGAGGCGUUCAUGGCCGGCUGUGGCGGCAGGCUGCCAGCACGCUUCCGGCAGCACUUUGAUUGUGAACGCUUCCCGGAGUCGACGGGCACACAGUCGUGCCAGCAGAAGCCCCACUGUGUUGGUGACAUGCAGAGCAAUGUGCAGAGUCCGCGUUUAUGCGAUGGCUACGCCGAUUGUCCGGAUCUGUCGGAUGAACGCAGCUGCGCCUUUUGCGCCGCCAAUGCGCUCUACUGUGGACGCGGACGCGCCUGUGUGCCGCGCAAGGCACGAUGCGAUGGGAAGGCCGACUGUCCGGAUGGCGCUGACGAGAAGGAUUGCCUUUCUAUCGCUCCAUUGGCCGCGGAUCUACUGCAACCCGAGCCCUUGGUUCCGUAUUUGCCACGCUUCCAUGCCGCCGGCUAUGCUGUCUUCUCCGAGAAAGGCGUAGUGGGCAAACUGUGCGCUGAGGGCCUAGAGGGUGAUGCCAAACUAGUGGUACGCCAGACCGUCUCGGAAUCCUUAUGCAAAUCGCUGGGCUAUGAAUCUGUGGAAAUCUUUGAUGUACAAAAUGAUACGGAAAAACUGUCGGAUUAUGUGCGCGUUUUAGAUCCGCAUGCGCCGGAGAUCAGUUUCAUACGAACCCACUGCCCCAAGAGACAGGUGCUCUACGUGGGCUGUGGCGAUCUGCGUUGCGGGGUGCAGUCGGCGCUGCCCAAUGCCAAGCAGCAUCUGUCGCUGCCCAAGAUGUCAGCCCCGGGUGAUUGGCCGUGGCUGGUGGCAUUGUUCCGCGAGGACAUACACGUCUGCGAUGGAACGCUUAUAUCACCGGACUGGGUGCUGACCACAGAGGGCUGCUUCCAGGGCCAGCCGAGAGCCACCUGGAUGGCAAUAGUGGGUGCAGUUCGUUUGUCAGCGAAGGCGCCGUGGACACAACGUCGCCGUAUUAUUGGCAUGAUCAAAAGCCCUGUUGAGGGUUCCACAGCGGCACUGGUCCGCUUAGAGACGCCGGUCAGCUUCUCGGAUCAUGUGCGCCCCGUUUGCCUGCCAGACGCACUGCAGCGCCAGCAGCAGCAAACGCCCAUACAACGGCGCGCCUACGUACCAGUGGCUGAGCGCCUAGAAGCUCCGCCAGCCCAGCAUUCCCAGCGCCGGCUGGCCCAGGAAACUCAGCAGUUCUUCCUUAUACCCUCACAGCACGAGCAACACGAGGGCUCAGGUGCCAGCGCCGAUGACCAUGAAGACGCUGCUGGCUAUGACUACCUGAAGGCUGAGUCUGCCGCAUCCCAAAUGCCGCGUGCCGAGGCACUGCAACAGGUACCGGAUGGGGAGGAGCACCCCCAGCUGAACGCUUAUCCGUUGCCCGACAGUGCCCCGCAAGUCAACUACUAUGGCGCAUCCUCCUCUACACAGGCGGCCAAAACCACCAAGCCACCCAGCACACCAGAACAAAUCUGGACGAACUGCAACACGCUCGGCUGGUCCCGACAGCGCGAUCAUCUGCAGCGCGUGCAGCUAAAAAUUGGUGAUAUGGCGCCCUGCGAGAAUAUCUCCAUAACGACGGUCAACUCCAUGUGCAUGGAGGCAACCUACCAGAAAUACGACUGCACGCAAGAGGAAUAUUCUGGCGCGCCCGUGCAAUGCCUCAUACCGGGCACUAAUCAAUGGGCCCUAAUUGGUGUCUCAUCCUGGCGGAUUGCUUGUGGACCGACGGGCGUCGAGCGGCCGCGCAUGUACGAUAAGAUUGCACCCAAUGCGGAUUGGAUACGGGAGACGGUAAACGCGGUGUAGCCUAUAGCCGCCAGCGGUACAUUUAUUACUCUGUAAAAACUAACGUGUAUUAUGUAAAAAGCAAGAAGAACCAACCUUAAUCGUAAUUUACUGCAUGUUUUAACCUAAUAUUUUUAUGUAUUAUUGUAACCAUUUUUUAUACCCUGAACCCAUUAAAAAUGGGUAAAAGGGGUAUAAUGUAUUUGAGCAAAUGUAUGUAACAGGCAGAAGGAGGCAUCUCCGACCCCAUAAAGUAUAUACAUACAUAUAUUCUUGAUCAGCAUCAAUAGCCGAGUCGAUCUAGCCUUGUCCGUCUGUCUGUCUGCCUGUCCGUAUGUAUGAACGCAAGAAUUUCAGAACCUAUAAGAGCUAGAAUCUUGCAAUUUUGGAUCGAUCCUCCGAGAGUA